AUGCAGUCGUCAAACAAUGAAAGUGGCGGGCUCAACUUUGUCUUUGAAUCCGGCUCUUCUGGACGCGAAAACAANAAGUAUGUCAGAUCGCAUGCUGCAAGGGUUGGCUGGUCGCAGAGGAGUCGAAAGCAAGCACAAGCUGCUNNGCAAAGGGACGUCGACGUCGCCCCGAACAAGGACACAACGCCCAAAAAGCGUCGUAAGACCUCACACCAAGACAACCAUGCCGGACAUGGCCAACGACAGCAGCAAACAUAUAUACCUUCGCCUCCAGCUCAGACUAACAAUCCCGUCAACUUUCAAGCUGGAACUGUAGCCGGAGCUGGAGCUGAAGCUUCUACAAGCUCCUCAACGCUGCCCACACAACCUCCACCACAACAACAUGGCAGGCGAGGAGGUCAGCUCAUGCCAUACUCGGCUCCCAGGGCCCCCAAACCUGCUAUGCUACUUCCUGUUCAUGCUCCUGCGCCAACUCCAUCCUCGUCACCUCCUCGUCUCUUCCAGCAACCAGGCCAAUCCGCACCUGUACGAGCUCAAGAAGCGCGAACGAGCCCUCCGCUUCAAGUAGGCCAAAGUGCUGCUUCAACCUACCCUUCUACUCAAGAACCUUCGCACUGGUACGCGAGGCCAGACCCUGUUCAGCAUGAUUCCGUCGCGCAACAGUCGUUUGUGCCGCUAUUUCGGCCAGCUGCAUCGCCAGUGACAAUGCACCCGCCACAGAUCAUGCCAGAAGCCGAUGACUCUCGUCCUGUACCACCCAUCAGCCCAUUGGCUUCUUCGCGACUACCGCCUCUCGCAAAUAUGAACGCCUCGCAACCUUUGUCAAUAGGCGCCAACUGGAGACAAUACGACACCAUGUCUGUCACGAACUCUGAGGCUUCACGCCCUUCUUCGCCGGCUCAGCCAACAUCGACGAGGCAACAAGAGCACACCGAAGCCUCUGUCACAGCACUACAACACUCAUCACCAAAGACGUCUAGGAAUGCCUUCCUCGAGCUUGUUUUGAACGAAGAUUACCCCAUGUGGAAGAACGUGGAUUCUGGCAACCGCUCCAACAUGCUAGUUCAACUCGACGAAAUCUUGACCGGCUGGACGGUGGACCAGAAGCUGGAGUUCAAUCAAAUGCCUCUUCGCCUCGCCGGCUCGGAACCCUGUCUCUUCUACUCUCUUCUCGCCACCGCUUCCAUCAUGAUGCCACCAGGUCUCAUCAAUCCGACAAUACCACGAUGGCUACAAGCCCGCACAGUCGAAAGCAUCAACCAAGCCUUUUCGGAUCCCAAACGCGCAUACAGCGACGCCGCAAUCCUGACAAUGAACUUCGUCGCCCUGUACGAGACUUGUAGCGGCCACGGCAAGACGGCCGCUUCCACCCACCAACCUAUGCUUCGCCGCAUGGUCGACGAGCGCGGUGGGUUGAGCAGUCUCGCUAGCAAUGACAAUGAGGACUUGAAGAACUUAGUCAGGUUCUUGGCCUGGACGGACAGAGUCAUGAGAUGUCAAACUGGCAACCCCUUGAUGUUUGAAGAAUUCAAAGAGGAAGAGAGCGUCACCAAGACGGAUUGGGAGGGCAUCUGGGCGAGGAUGGAAAGGAGGGUUGAGGAGAACAACCCACAGCCAAUCGAGGAGCUGCCUGAUUGCUGA